UAACUAUUACAUAAUAGAUUGGUUAAGUUUCUCUUAUCAAAUUAUUUGAAAAAAAGUGACCAUGAUUGAUACAUGCCAAGUGUGUGUGUCAUACAUUUUUUACAAAAAUAAGCUAAUGAAAAUGAAAAGAGUACAAUGUGUCAAAUGAAUAACAUGAAUGAUACAUAAGUGUUUGAUGUCUAGUCUACCAAUCUUAUUGACAUGUGCAUUUCGUAACUAAUCUCCAAUGUUCACCUCAUGCCAUGUAGUGCUAUCUGCGAAUGAUGAGAUGGAGACUAUGGCAAAGGCGAUACAACAUGGAGCUUGUCACUACAUGGUGAAGCCAGUACGCCCUGAAAUGGUCAAGAACAUAUGGUUGCAUGUGGUGAGGAAGGGCAAGAGUAAUCUAAGGAACAAAGUCAACACCAGAAAUGAUAAACCUAGUCAAAUAGUGCAACCUGUGGAUGAUGAGAAUGGUGAAAAGGAUGAUGCAAAGUACACAAGGAAGCAUUGCAAGAAGAACAGAAAAGAUGGAGAUGGUGCUGAAAAGGAUGAGGUCAUAUCGACCCAGAAAAAGCAAAGGGUUGAGUGGACUAGACAGCUACACUCCAAGUUUCUUGAAGCCAUCAAUCACAUUGGCAUGGACAAGGCUGUUCCGAAGAAAAUACUCGAAGUGAUGAAUGUAGACGGCAUCACUAAAGAGAACGUUGCAAGUCAUCUGCAGGUUGUUUUUAUUUCUAUGCUUUAUUCCUAUGUUUGAAUUCUUAUCCACUAUUUUAUUAUUAAAUAUAUUUGUAUCAAACUCCCUCCCAGCCAAUUGCCGUCUCAAACUUAAUAUCUAUGUUUGUCACCAAAACUUGUGUUUGCAACGUUCUCAUGGAACUUCUGUGUGCACCACAUAAAUAGUUCUAGCUAGUGCCAUACACACAUAUUGUUGAGUUUUGGCAUGUGUGCAGAACCACAAACCCUCAGUGGCAAUCACACCUAUACAUUUCUAGAGUUAAUGAAACAACAAAAUAUCUUCAGCUUUUGUUUAUGUCAAUUUUUUCCUUAACAAAUGUACCUGUCUUUCUUGUGAUUUCAGAAAUUUCGUAUGUACUUGAAAAAGCAAAAAGAGGGCACACUCAAGUACUCAGCAUUUGUGGAUGAACAACAAGCAUGGCUGAAUGGCAAGACACAUGUUAAUAGCAACAUGAGUGUACCAGAAUGUUCAUCUACACAAAUUUCAAACGAGCAUCCACCAUUGGGCACAAGCAUGAGCUUUCCUUCAUCUUGUUCUGGCAUUUCCUAUGCAAGCAAAUUGCGUGCCAGUAUUUUGGGAUCAAACAAAGGUAUUCCAUUUGAUCCUGACAGCUUCUUUGAAGAAAUGGCAGGUGGUGAGCUGUUGCAGUCUCCUGAGUUGGCAAACCACCCUUUGGCUCAAAUUCAAUCAUUGUCUACUGACCAAGUGGCUCCUUCGAGUCAUUUACCAUUACAGUCACCUGAAUUGGUGAACCAACCAUCAACUCAGAUUUGGUCAUCUUCUAUUGGCAUGUUAAACCAAGUUGCCAGGGAGCCUCCCCAGUUUACUAGUAGAAACUCCAGCAACUACUGGACAACUAGUGUGUCGUCCAGCUUCCAUGAUGGUCAAAAUGUUGGAAUGUCUAUUGGUCCAUCACAAAGAAACAACAUCUUCAUGAACCAGUUGCCAGGACUAGUAGCCUCUUCUCACAGUGUUCCAUCUUCUAGAAAUGAAUAUCAGAACCAAAUGGCAGGAGUCAUG